CAGCAUGCAGCGAGCAGAAAAACAACAAACCGAGAGGAACUUAAAACAACUUUAAACUAACUAAUACGUUUUUUGAAAAUGAGCUCAGGGUCGACAUGUUCCGUGCAUGGUUGCCGCAACAAUUCACAGAAAUUGAAGGAAUUUGCAGAAACAUUUUGUUUAGGUCAUGAAAAACUUAGGCACCAAUGUCCGUGCCCCGCGCGCUACUUCAUGCACACCAUGCCGCGGAAGGAGGAAAGAGAGGCGGCGUGGCUCGCGGCUCUGAAUCUCAAACGACGCCCAAAGAGAGUGUACGUUUGCUCCUUCCACUUCGUCGAUAAGAGACCCACAGUGCUGCACCCGGACCCAGAGCUCUUCCUGGGGAAUGACCUGCCUCCACCACCGAAGAGGAGGAUAGUAGUCCGGGGAGUCCGAGAGAAAAAGUCUCGACCUGCUGAUUCCUGCAUGAAUGUUCAUCAAGACGGUGAAAAUGGUCGGAAAGUAAACGGCUGCUCAGUGGACUUCGCUAUGACCAUCUCAGAUGCUGCUGGCAUCUUAAGUUCUGAAGAUCCCCCUGCCCCACAGCGUUGCUCAGCUCACACACAGUGGGAGGACCCUUCACAACUGGAUCAUGAUUAUACCAAGAGUGUCGGCGUUAAGUAUGUGCAUGAUCAGACGACUCAGUGUGACGAGAUUGGGUACUUCAUGCUACAAAACGACUCGGAUGCUUUGCUCUACACUGGUGUAUCUCUAGAGACAUUUAACAUCCUCGUGUCAACACUGGAAGGACACGCCUCCAAUCCAUUUACACUGUCUGUGCGAGAUCAAGUUCUUCUGACCCUAAUGAAACUAAGGACCAACCGUGGGAUGGCUGAUUUUAGCAAACAGUUUCAUAUAUCCCAAAGCAUGGCUCGCAAAAUAAUCCCUUAUUGGAUUGACAAACUGGAUGAGGUUUUGCGACCUCUGAUUCCGUGGCUUCCAAAAGAAACUAUUGAAGAAAACCUGCCCGAAGAAUUCAUUGAUGAUUUCCCUGACUUAACUUGUAUUUUAGACUGCAAUGAGAUCCUUUUACAAAAACCCCGUAACCUUGAUUCACUCAACACAAUGAAAUACCAGGUAGCUUAUGCCCCGUGUGGACUAAUCAUGUUCAUCUCUGCGGCGUAUGGAGGGCAAUGCAGUGACACAUUCAUAACAAAGAACUCAGGAAUAUUAAACUACUUGAUGCCUGGAGAUGAGGUCAUGGCAGUUCGAGGGUUUCCUAUUGAAGAUGUGCUGUUAAAGCAUGAUGUUGACUUGGCCAAGCCGUUCUACACCAAAAAAUGUGGGCAGCCAACUGAGACAUGGUUGAUAUGCACUAGACAAAUGGCAUCUGUAAGAGUUCAUGCUGAAAGAGCGAUCAGACGACUGAAAGUUUACAGAAUAUUAUCGCAGGUUGUCCCGCGUACCGUGGCUGCUAAAAUAGACAAAGUUCUGAGAAUAUGUGCCGCUCUUGUCAAUUUAAGAGAGGGUCGCAUUCAUGAUUCGCUCUAGCUAUCAAGUGGAAUAAAUACGAAUGGCUUUCAGGAACAUUACACAGCACCAGGAAGAAUGCAGUAAUGUCCUGAAAAUCUAUGAAUAUAAAGUGUUCCAUCACUUAUAGGGCUGCAUACUAUAUUGUUUUUUUCCACGUCAUCAUGAUGUCAACUUGCGCGAUGUUGAACUCAGAUAUUUUUUGGAGCUAUAUGAAAGAGUAUCUUUAGAAGGCUGCACUUUAUAAUACAUUACUUUUUUGUAUUGGUGCCUUUUGUGUUCAGAUUAAUUUGUAAGUAUGUUGGGUUUUAAAUGUGAUCAUGUCUGCCUUUCUUUUCCUGGUGCUGGAUAAUGUUUGAAUAUGUUUAUUUAUUUCAAGUACUAUCGUUGUAUUCAAAAUGAUCAUAUUGUGCAGCCCACGUCACGUUAUUAAACAAUUAAAUCCUAUUCACCA